UAUCUUGGUUGGGAAUCCUACAAAAACGGGUUUGGAGAUCUGAACGGCGAGUUCUGGCUUGGAAACGACAAUCUUCAUCGUUUGACAGCCGCUGAUAACGUCACACUGAGAGUUGACUUGGAAGACUUUGAUGGAGACGUCAGACACGCUGAGUACACAAUUUGUAAGGUGGCAGAGGAGGGGGAUAAGUACCGAUUGUUGAUUGGAGGAUACAGUGGCACGGCUGGUGACUCCCUGGCACGCCAUAAUGGCAUGCAGUUUUCUACUAAUGAUAACGAUAAUGACGACUGGAAUAAGAGCUGCGCACGAAAGUUCAAAGGAGCCUGGUGGUACACAGAUUGCCACGAUUCCUGUCUUAACGGACUGUACCUGAACGGUCCACAUUCUUCACAUGCCAAUGGAGUCAACUGGAAGGCGUUUAGAGGCCACAACUAUUCACUAAAACGCACUGAAAUGAAGGUUAAAACUAAGUCGUAAAGCUCUGAAUUAGGGUUGAGACUCCCUAAUGCACCUUUUGUAACAAAGAGAAAGAGUCCCUGGUGCAUUUUCGGUGCUAUCCUGAGUUGUCUACAGUUUUCUAGAAGGAACUUUUUAUCAUGUACGGAGAGCAAAGGCUCGAUCACUCUGUCUUUUUUACAUAUUUUUUUUCAUAUCUUUAAUCUUGAGAAACAUUUUCUUCUUGCAAAUCAUAUACUUCUACUCGGCAAAUCUUCUAUCAAUGUAAAUAAUCCAAAUUUGUUCCUACUCUGGUAGUUUUGCAAGAAAAGUUGAAAGCUGUUCAUAAGCUAGAAUUAUAUGGUGCACAACAUAAUUGAGUACUAA